AUGCCGGGCCACGCCCGCGGGGCCGCGCCUCGGGUGACCCAGGGGUUCCCGGCGAGCGGCGCUCGUGUCGAGGCAGGCGAGCCUCCGGCGGCCCGGGAGAGCACGGCGACGGGUCCGCCGGCCGCCGCCGAAAGUACCGUCCCCGAGCAGGCAGAGUGCCAGACGCCGCCCAUGCAGGGCCCCGUCCUGCAAAACUUCCCGGCCGCGGGCCUGCAGGGCUGGCCGGACCUCGCCCAGGCCCCAGGCUGGAGCUUCAGGCUGGACAUGUAUGGGUACCCCCUGUUCAUCUCACCAGAGGGGUACUGCUGCCACAGCUGGGAGGAGGUGCAGAGCACGGUGAACAGCCUGCCGCGGCUGCGGACCCAGAAGGCGCAGCGGACGCUGGCCUGGAUCCGCGAGGCGGCCGCCACGAGCUCGGGGGGGAGACUAAUGCACCCGGCCAACCUGGCCAAGAUGAUGGCGCUGCAGCGCUUGCGGGCGGCCACAUUUGCCGAGGAGGGCAGGUCGGCGCGUGUUGCGGGCAACCCUGCAGUGGUGUACAACGAGAGCGACCUGGCAAGGGCAGGGUUGGCCGAGGAGGAGCGUACCAAGCACGACCGGCGCCUGCUCAAAGAAAACAUCCGCGAGGAAGUGUACGGCGUCCAGCACCUCUCCGCUCUGGGCAGCCACACCAAGGAGUGGACCCUGUUCGAGGAUGGGUACGACAAGAGCGGCAACCGCAUCUACGACAAGGUGUCGGGUCAGACGUGCCACCAGUGCCGCCAGAAGACCCUGGGGCUGCGAACCCAUUGCUCAGAGUGCCAGUCCCUCCACGGGGUGUUCUGCGGCGACUGCCUCUUCAUGCGGUACGGCGAGAACGUGGAGGAGGCGCUGCAGGAUAGCGAGUGGAAGUGCCCCGGCUGCCGCGACCUCUGCAACUGCUCCUUCCACCGCUCGCGGCGGGGCUGGGCGCCGACGGGCACGCUCUACCGCCGUGCCGUCGCCGAAGGCUUUGUGUCGGUGGCGCACUACCUGGUCCUCAACAAUCUGGCCCCGGAGGCGAGGAGCGCGGCCCUGCCCCUGAUGCCCAAGGAGCUGGCCGACGCCACGCGCGCCGAGCUAGAAAGGGAGGCGGCGGGGUGCGAUCGCAGGUCCGCCUCGCCCGCCGGCCCCGCCACGCCCUGCGCGUCUGGCGAGGCGGCGCAGGACCGGGCCGCCCAGCGUCCGCAGGCGCCGGGUGAGGAGGAGGCGAGCGCCAGCCCCUCCCCAGCUCGCCCGAGCGGUGAAGAGGCGGGGGAGGCCCCGACCGGCCGGCGGCGCGGCGCGCGCCGGCAGAGCACGCUGCGGAGCGAUGUGCUGGGUGCGGUCGUGAAGACCGGCGGCAUGAUUGCGGCGGGCAAGCCCGGCGCGGGGAAGAGAGCGGGGGGCACCGGGAAGGCCGCGCCGGCCGUCGAGCGCGUCGGCCGCGGUCUGCGCACCAGCUCCAGGCUCGUCGCGGGCCGAGCCUGA